AUGAAGGGUGAGAAAGGGAACCUACUGAGCAGCAAAACCAUUUCGCAAGCCGACGAUGCCAAAUACUUGGGCUUGUUCUUGGAUCGCCGACUCACGUGGAAGAAGCACAUCGCAACCAAAAGGAAGCAACUGGGCAUCAAGUUCGCGAAAUUGUACUGGUUGAUCGGCAAAAGAUAUCCACUUUCGUACGUAACGAACGACAUGAUACACAACGACCUCCAUAUGAACACUGUCAAGAGUGAAAUCCCCAAGUUCAGUGACCGUUACCAGAACAGACUAGAAAACCAUCCCAACAGUCUCGCGUUAUCCCUCCUAGACAACAAAGAUCACGAAGGAUCCGAGUUAACUUUGAUGUACGAAUAUGCUAAGAGGCAUAACAUCACCAUUAACUUCAAGGAGAAGAGUCCUUGGGGUAAAAUGUUUGCAAAUUUUACUGGAAUUGGAUUGAUGGGAGCUUUGGCUGCAGAUGAAGCUGACAUUGUUUUCAACUUUUUCACUCAUAGAUACGGUGGUUUCAAUGGAAGCGAUUUAAUGCAUUUGGAUAGUUGGUCAUCGUUGAGCGGAAGAUUCGAGCAUAAUUUGGAUUUGUUUCCCAAUAAAGUCGAAGAUCAGAAUGGGAGAAUCUUGCGCGCAGCUGCUUUUACUUACAUACCUUACUCAAAUUUAGAUAAUGGAUUGGGAUCUGAGAUGCAAUUGGCUAAAGAAUAUGCUAGGAGACAUAACAAUAACUUGAUUAUAAGCAGAGACUAUCCUUGGGGAGAGGUUUACGGAAACAGAACUGGAACUGGAAUCUUGGGAACAGUUGUUCGGGACGAAACUGACUUUGCUUUCACAGGUGUAUUUUCUUGGUUUAGAAACCACCAUUACCUGGAUUAUUCUCACGACUUCAUGGUGUCCAAAGUUACCUGCAUAACACCAAGUCCAAGUUACAUUGGAAAAAUCGAUACGCCCAAGCAAUUAGCCGAAAGCAAUUUAACUUGGGUAGGAACUCAAAUUAGUUCAUGGACGGACAAUAUCAUAUACGAUGAACAGGAGGAAUAUAAAGUGCUAGUUAAAAAUGCCGAAGAAUUGAAAGCAAAUAGACUCAACGAUAAAACUGUGGCGUAUGCAAUCGAAAAAUUGCAAACAAAUUACUACGCCUUCGAUGAGUUAAUUACGGAGAAAGUGAUCAAAUCGUACAGAGCUAUGGAAGAAUAUAUGUACUUUACCCAUUGCAUAUUUGCGUUCAGAAAAAACUCUGUACUCCUACCAGGCUUUAACAAACUUCUGUUGAGGGCGCAGGCAUCCGGCUUAGGAUUGAAAUGGGAAACAGAUGCCAUCAUCCAAUCGAGUUUACGGAAACAGUAUGCAAUGGAUUACGAAAACUUCAAAGUAAGAGGAAACAUUAGACUGAACUUUCCUAGAUUUGAAGGUGUUCUGAUACUAUGGUCAUGUGGUUUAAGUAUUGCCAUAUUUUGUUUCCUUGGUGAAUUGAUAAUUUGA